AUAUCCUCAUAUUCUUUCUUUCUGACUGAUAAAUCAAAGAAUCACAAAAACAUGGCAGACAACAACAAAUACGAACAGUUCAGAUGCAAACCUCGUCUUCCAAAAUUCGCGACCCCCAAAAAAUACAAUCUCAAACUGAAACCAGACCUCACCGCCUGCACGUUUUCCGGGUCUGUCGAGAUCUCACUCGACAUCGUAUCCGACACCAGAUUCAUCGUACUGAAUGCCGCUGAUCUCACUAUCGAUCCCAAAUCUGUCCGCUUUCAUUCGCCUUCAAAGGGAUUUGAUGAGGUGGCUGUGGAAGUGGAGUUAAUUGAAUCGGAUGAGAUUGCGGUGUUCGAAUUCGCAAAGAGUUUGCCUAUUGGACUUGGUGUUUUGUUUUUGAGUUUUUGUGGUACUUUGAAUGAUCAAAUGAAAGGUUUUUACCGAAGCACAUAUGAACAUAAUGGGGUGAAGAAGAAUAUGGCAGUAACUCAGUUUGAGCCGGCUGAUGCCAGACGGUGCUUUCCCUGUUGGGAUGAACCUGCCUGUAAGGCCACAUUCAAGAUUACACUGGAGGUGCCUUCGGAACUUGUUGCUCUUUCAAAUAUGCCAGUUGUUGAUGAAAAGGUGGAAGGAAGUUUGAAGACUGUUUCGUAUCAGGAAUCACCAAUAAUGUCUACAUAUCUAGUGGCUGCUGUUGUUGGUGUGUUUGAUUAUGUUGAAGACCAUACAUCUGAUGGGAUCAAAGUCAGGGUAUAUUGUCAAGUUGGGAAGGCAAAUCAGGGGAAAUUUGCAUUAGAUGUUGCUGUUAAGACCCUUGGCCUGUACAAAGACUAUUUUGAAACACCUUAUUCGCUACCCAAGUUGGACAUGAUUGCAAUUCCUGAUUUUGCUGCCGGGGCCAUGGAGAACUAUGGCUUAGUUACAUACCGAGAAACUGCUCUACUUUAUGAUGACAAACACUCAGCAGCUGCUAACAAGCAGAGGGUGGCAACUGUUGUUGCUCAUGAGCUUGCGCAUCAAUGGUUUGGCAAUCUUGUAACGAUGGAGUGGUGGACACAUUUGUGGCUGAAUGAAGGAUUUGCCACAUGGGUAAGCUAUUUAGCUGCUGAUGGGAUAUUCCCAGAAUGGAAAAUAUGGACCCAGUUUCUUGAUGAAUGUACUGAAGGUCUUCGACUUGAUGGGCUUUCAGAAUCUCACCCUAUUGAGGUGGAAAUUAAUCAUGCGGGUGAAAUAGAUGAAAUUUUUGAUGCAAUAAGCUAUCGUAAGGGAGCUUCUGUCAUUCGUAUGCUUCAGAGCUAUCUUGGAGCUGAUGUUUUUCAGCGAGCACUUGCUAAAUAUAUUAAAAGACAUGCUUGUUCAAAUGCAAAGACUGAGGACUUGUGGGCUGUUCUCGAGGAGGAAUCCGGUGAGCCUGUGAAUAAACUGAUGAAUUCAUGGACAAAGCAGAAAGGUUAUCCGGUUGUGUCUGUUAGCCUGAAAGAUAACAAGUUAGAGUUUGAGCAGAUGCAAUUUUUGUCGAGUGGUUCCGCGGGAGAUGGGCAAUGGGUUGUGCCAAUAACACUAUGCUGCGGCUCAUAUGAAUCAAAGAAGAGCUUCCUUUUAGAUAAAAAAUCACAAGCUAUUAAUGAUCCAGCAAGUAGGUGGAUAAAGAUUAAUGUUGACCAGGCAGGGUUUUACAGAGUUAAAUAUGAUGAACAUUUAUCAGCCAAACUUAGAUAUGCAGUAGAAAGUAAAAGUUUGUCAGCAAUGGAUAGAUAUGGAAUCCUAGAUGAUUCGUUUGCCUUGUCUAUGGCUGGUCAGCUGCCUUUGUCUUCUUUGCUCACCUUGAUGGGUGCUUAUAGAGAGGAACCAGAAUAUACAGUGUUGUCCAACUUAAUAACCGUUAGCUCUAAAGUUGCAAGAAUUGUAGCUGAUGCCGACAACAAGUUAAUGGACCACCUGAAGAUGUUUUUUAUCAACGUUUUACAGUAUUCCGCGGAGAGGAUUGGUUUUGAUCCAAAGCAUGGGGAAAGCCACUUGGAUGCAUUGUUGAGAGGGGAACUUUUUGCUACCUUGGCUAUGCUUGGACAUGAAGAGACAUUAAAAGAAGCAAGCAAGCGCUUCCAGGAGUUCUUGGAAGACAGAAACACACCCCUUCUUCCACCCGAUAUAAGAAGGGCAGUGUAUGUUGCUGUAAUGAAGAAGGUGACUGUGUCAAACAGAGCUGGUUUCAUUUCACUUUUAAAAGUUUAUAGAGAGACUGAUCUAAGUCAGGAAAAGACUCGGAUAUUAGGUGCCCUUGGAUCGUGCAGUGAUCCUGACAUAGUUCUUGAAGUUCUUAACUUUUUGUUGACUCCUGAGGUUCGAAGUCAGGAUGUGGUGUUUGGACUCGCUGUUAGCAGAGAUGGACGUGAUGUAGCUUGGAACUGGCUCAAGAACAAUUGGGAACACAUCUCGAAUACUUGGGGCCGUGGCUUUUUGAUUACACGCUUUGUCAGCUCGAUUGUAUCACCGUUCUCGUCAUACGAGAAGGUGAAGGAAGUGGAAGAGUUCUUUGCAACUCGUACCAAAAGUUCGAUUGCAAGGACGUUAAAACAGAGCAUUGAGCGUGUUCAGAUUAAUGCCAAGUGGGUGGAGUCCAUCAGAAAUGAAACAAACCUUGCAGACUGUGUUCAAGAACUUGCAUACAGGAAAUACUAGAAGUUGCUUCUUUUUCUAUCCAGCUUUUCUUUGCUUUUAGGUUGUGUUUCCUUUUGUCUAUUCUGAGUAUAAUGAUAAUCAGUUUAUGUUUUACAUUAACAAACCUAUUUUGAAGCUUUAUAUUGGACUUAUCAACAGAGAAAAACUUCACAAUGA